AAAGCAACGAUGAAGAAUGAAAAUUACAACUUUAGAGAGAACAUUACACCAAACCAAUCAGUAUUAAACACAGUGAUUGAGUUGGUUGAAGACUUAUUUCUGGAGGCAUCAAUCUCUGCAAGCUCUCAUCAAUAUGGGCUAAGGUUAUCUUCCUUUCAAAGGAUGCAAAUUUGUCAAAGAGAGCAGGUUCUCAUUGCUGUUGGUGGUGGUGUUGAUGAGUUGUUUAGGCAGGCAUGUGCUGCAGCCAAAACGGAUGUGACAUCUGCUGAAUGUUCUCAAGUCUUAGACAGAGUAAGUGGCGGGAAAUCAGAGAUGGCAAGGGAUCAGCUCAUUGUUUGGGGUGUUGAGAUGAUAAACGAUGCUCAAGUAAGCACAGUGGAUGAGAAGUCCCAUGAUAACCAAUCACAGUCUCUCAUCUGUAACUCAGAAGUUUCCAAAGAAAGCUUGCUUCAAUUUAACAAUGUAUCCAGUCGGCUAGAUGAAAAGUGCCUGCAGGUAGAAGAAACUUGUGUUACCAUGGAAACACAUGAUGCAGGGUUUGAUGGAGUUAGAACUUUCAAUGAGGCAGUGAGUGAUGAUCUUGAAGGAGCAGAAAGUGAGAUGCCGGAUGAACCGCAAGAUAGUGGAGGCCCUAUAGAUGCACAGUGCAUCAUAGAGGUUGAAGAAGAUUGGAGUGUGUUACGAGACAAUGGAGCCAAGACACUGAGCAACCCUCUUACAGGUCAGGAUGAUGCAUUCGAUGGCUUCAAGAUUCAAGAAAUAAAUCUCCUAUCACCUCCAGAAUGUUUAGGUGACUGCAGAGCUGCUCUUGUGAAGGAAGACAGUGGUUGCUUGGGUCUUGAGGAACCACUCUGCAAGAUACCCAAACUUGCUAAACAGCCUUUUGGAAACUGUGACACAUAUUCCCUCAAAGAUAAAACUGACAGUGAAACAGAGGUUGACAAGCCAGCUACAAGGUCCUCAGAAGAUUUUAGCAGGUGCUGUGAUGAAAAUCCAAUCUGCCUUGAUGACAGAGAUUUACAUCCAGCCAUUCCGCCUCAAGAAACAGAAGAAUUCCUGGUUUGUAAUGAGAAUUAUGAUAAAAGUACCAAAGGGAUGCAGGCAAUUGCUUCAGGCAAUGAUACCUCCCACGAAGAGCUCAUCAGUAGUCAAGAAAAGAAAAGUGAGCAUGGCUUCGAUGAACCGUCUGAAGAGAAAAGAGACGAAGAAGAUGGUGAGCUGACUGACAUGAAAAUAGCAUCUCAAGAUGUGAGACAAGAGUUGCAGCUCACUGAAGACAAAGAAGACAAUGUGAAUAAGCACUUACCUACUACUAGUGCAACCAUCCCACCCAAGCACCAAGAUCAGAUUGUUGAUGGAUGCAGUACUCCUGCUGAGAGGAACAAUCAAGACGCUGGGUGGAUCAUACUUCAAGAAAAUCCUACGCCAACUGAGGAGGCUUUGAAUCAAGAUUGCCAAAUCAGAGAAGAAACCCAACCCAUCCAUGAUCAGAUGGUGCCAAGUUUGCUGGAGGAGGGUGAAAGCACAGACCAUGAAGAUGGCUCUCAUGAGCUGUAUACUGAUCAUGCUGAUGACGAUAAAGGGGUUUCCAUUGUGAAACGGAGGAAGGUUGAUAUUGACGACAGUUCAGCUCCUCCCUCACCAGCCACUAAUCCUAAUGAAGUAAGGGAGCAGCAGUUAACGGAAGAGGCAUCAGUUGUCAACAGGGAUGGGUGCCGUACAGCUCCUCAGAUAGCGAGUGAAAAUCAGCUAGUUCCACAAAGCUCAACUACGGUUUUUCAGUGGAGGCAUGCAAUUAAUUACCAGAACCAACAGCCAGCCAGUAGCCGGCCACGUUUAGUCACAUUUGAUCAACAGUCUACUCAACUUCCUGACUUGGAGUGGAGAGCAUCGCCUCUACCUCCUUGCAAUCGGAAGAGACGAGUUGGUCUUUCAAGGAGGCAGCGUGUCAGCCACCUUCAUCAUGCUAGCCAUCCAUCAUGCCAACAGACGAGGUCGAGUCCCAAUGCAGAGCACGAGGAGUAAUGAUGUUGUCUUAAGUUUGGUGAGUAAAAUUGAGUGCUGCAGUCACAAGAGGGCUGUAAGUCAGCAAAUUCAUUAGAUAGAGAUGCGACAAAUUGACAUUCCAAAUCUGGACACAAUGUGACUUUAUUUGUCUCAGGAACACAUUGCAAAGGCCUAGAACUUUGUAGUUUUAU